CAUUCUCAUUCCCAGCUCUGGAAGUGUGGAAGGAGGAGGAUAGGGCUAGAAAAAUACGUUUAAAGAGAAGACUGGAGAUCUAGAGAUUGGAGAAAAGGGAGCCUCGGAUCACUGAGCGUCUAGCAACUGUAGUUUUUUUCUCCUUAUCCCCUUCUCUCCUACCCCCUCCAUCUCCACUGGACUGGAUAGACUCCUAAUUUGGGAUUUGUUUGAAAGCGGGGACAGCUAACUUUUCCUUGCUUGGGAAAGGGAACUCCCGCUGCUCCCUCUCUCUCUCUCUAGCAUUAUAAACACUCAUAUUUUCAAAAACGCCUCUCAAAAUGUCUGAUUCCUCUGUCAACGCUCACUUGGAAGGGAUCAUAUCAGACUUUGAAGCACUAAAGCGGUCAUUUGAGGUGGAGGAGAGUGAUUCUUCACACAGCACUUCCCUUAUUCGGCGGUCUUCAAAUCCUGUCCGCUCCUCUUCCUCCUCCUCCACAUCCAGCCAACGGAGCUACGACACAGCAUCUCGAAACUCAGAUUACUCCAACAGAUCAUCUCCUUCUGAGUCCUCCAAUCUGCGCUCUCCAAAAACAGGCAUGAAGCGCAUGGAGUUUACUGGUGGUCGCAACCAUGACACAGUCUCCUCUAGACGCACAGAGAUGUCCAUUGAAGUCUCCUCCAAACAGAUUGACAACUCACCCAGUGCUGGCAUAGCGCGCUUUGGGCUUAAGCGGCCGGAGGUGAGCCUGAGUAGUCGGAUUAACCCUGCGGACAGUUCCCUUUCCAACUCUUCGUCCAGGAGGGGUGACAUAAACGCAACACGGCCUCAGGAGCCCCCUGCACCACCCAGAAGGAUGGACUCACACUUGUCUUCUGGUGCCCCUUCAAGGAUCCCUCGUGCAGAGUCCCAGAGCCCUGUGGUCAGUCCAGUGGAGACCUCCUUCAAAAGGCCAGAGCUGCCCGUCUUCAAACAGAGUGAUGAUGUGUUAGAGAACAACAACAACAACCACCACCCUCCUGCCCCCACUGUUCCACUGCCCUCUCUGGUCGACUCUCGAGGAGACAGGGUACAUUCACCUGUCUCUGAGCCACCGCCUGUCAGAUCCAUUGAAAGUAAGUAAGCUCCAUAUUUUUCU